AUGUUAAUACCAAAACCACAUGAGGCUAGAGAUGAGAUUCAAUUCACAUCAAUCAAUCAUAUAGAUAUCUGGCCAGUAGAAUGUGAUAUAGAAAAAAAUUGUAAUAACAUUUUUAGCCUUGAAUAUGUUAAAGUUGAGGAGGAGAAAAUCGAAAACGAGAAUUUGAAAUUUGAAGUAAACUGGAGUCAUGAAACAGAUACUGGUGAAAAACAAGAAGUCUUGGAGAUUGAUGCUUUUGAAGAUCGACAUGAGGAUUCAGAGAACGACUUGCCACUAAUUUCAUUAGGUGCAAAGAGUAAACCAGAUGACGUUGACAUAGAACAACCCUGCAUACAAACAAAUAUGUUUUCGAAACCGUGUGAGAUUAAAUCAAAUUCUACUGAUUGUAACAUAAAUGACGUUCGUAAAGGAAACCUCGAUUUAAAAAGCCCUGUUAUUAAAACAAGGCCUAAAAUCAAAAGAGAUACUAAAUAA